UUCAUGCGGUUGCACAGCACGUCCUUGACUUCCGACGAGAGGUAAAGGAAGCUAGUCAGGAGGUCACUCAUAUUUCUGAGUAAAAGGGGAGAAUUGUCAUCAUGUUGUUCUUACCGGAGGAGGCGAAGGAUCUCCCUCCCCCGUCCCUCUUCAACAUGAACUCGGUGUGGCUGGCGUUUUCAUCCGGACUUGCUUCGAUGUACAGCAAUGCCAUCAACCACAAGCCACCUCUGAAAUCAGGUGUUCACCGACUUGUCCUAAUGACAACAAUUGGUUGGUACGUCGGCUACCAUGUGACAAAAAUAGAAAAUUACCAUUUUGCCAAAGUUGAUCGAGAUAUGAAAGAGUAUAUCAAACUGCACCCAGAUGAUUUUGUUGCAAAGGACAAAAAGACCUUUGCAGAGAUUGUCGAGCGUUUCAUUCCCAUUCGCUAAUUGGCGUCUGAUGAGAUGGAAGAGGAAGGGAGGGAGAAAACACUUUUAGACUACCAUCUGUCUUCAGUGGUCUUUUUGUGAAAUCUUUCUGUCAACUAUUGUACAAAAUAUUGUUAUGUAAUAAAAUAAAUACCCAAGUUUAAAA